AUGGCAAUUUCCCCACAUGCAAUGGAUAUCCACCCCGCCCGCCCAUAUGGAAGCGGGGUUUAUCCAAACUUUUUACCAAUAGUAGCGGGUAUGCUAAGAUUUAAAGAAAAGCCGCUCGGACUCCAUCUCCCUCUCUUCGAUCGCUCUUCUAGCACCACCGACCGGCGCGACGAGUCACCAUCGGAACUACCACCGUUCGAGGCUCUCAGGGCUCUCUCUCUCUAUCUGUAUCUUCCGUCGCUUCCCUUGCCUCAUCUACCACCAUGUAUUCAUGUAAGCCAAAAUCUCCCUUCAAUCCACCACCACCAACCCAACACCAGCAGGCACCGUAUCGCCUCUUCAUCAGCGGCACCAGUCCUCUCCAUCACCGCACCACCUCUCCAGCCAAAAUUUGGUCUCCCCAGAGUUAGAUUGGGGAUUGAUGUAUGGAGUUGUUUACAGGCGAAGUUGACCUAUCUAGGGAUGAUUUGCAGGCUCAAACUUUCAAACGAGGUGAGGACCAAAAUUCUACCUGAGGGGCUGCAAACCCAGGAGAACUCAGCUUUGACAUCCACAUCAAUGAGUCUCAAUGAAGGAGACUAACUUGGUCACGGUAAAUAUGCAAGUGCAUAUGGAAGAAAGAAAUGUAACAAAUACCUUUCUUUUUUGGUGAAACUAUGAAUAGGCCUCUGAAUACAUAAUCAUUAUUCUUGAACCUUAUACCUCGGAAACUAGGGCUUUGUGGCAUACAUAUUUGUAGUUUUUUUAGAGAGUUUUUGGUACGACAUGGCUUGCCGAAACCCGCAAUAGUUUGCAUAUUGCUAUAUAAUCUUUUUUUUUUCUGCUUUCUUUUGCAUUCUUAUUUUAGUUGACUUUCUUUUUCCAUAGUUUGGUUUUAUUUGGAAACUCGGGAUCGAUUGUGGUACCAAUGCUGCCAUGCAUACAAAUUUGAACAUUGUUGAGGUUGCUAUGUGAACAGUAAUUAUAGUUGGAUUUAUAUAUUUGUGAGAUAUUAGUUGGAAUGAAUUGUUUAGAAGUGUGCAACUAUUACUCCCUUUGUGCUUCAUCUCCAUUUAACAGUCUCUCUUAUAUGCGUUUG